AUGGCACGCGACAGUCCCUCUUCCGCGGACGUUUCAUCUGGCGACUUCGUCCUCCCAUACGUACCUCUGAUCCCAUACAAUGCCACCAACCCAACCGGCGGUGACUCCCUUACUCAAGACUUGAACGUUUACUACACCAGCGGCGACAUCGCAUGGCUGCUCACAUCCACCGCGCUCGUCCUCCUCAUGAUCCCAGGCGUCGGUCUCUUCUACUCUGGACUCGCGCGACGCAACUUGACUUUCUCGCAUACGGCGGGACCGUUCAUUGGGAAUCUGGAGAACAUUGGGUUGAAGGAUGUGCUGGCAAGACCUUCCGUGGGGAGUGCGAGGGUGCCGGACUUGUUGUUUGCGGUGUAUCAAUGCAUGUUUGCUGCUAUCACCGUUGCCAUCGCCCUCGGCGCCCUCUCAGAACGCGGUCGCCUCCUACCCUCCCUCAUCUUCGCCUUCAUCUGGUCCACCGUCGUGUACGAUCCGAUCGCCUGCUGGACCUGGAACCCAUCAGGAUGGGUCUACCAGCUGGGCGGUCUCGACUUCGCCGGAGGUACACCCGUCCACAUAGCUUCCGGCUCAGCCGCUCUCGCCUACUCCUACGUUCUGGGAAAAAGAGCCGGCUACGGCACUCAGAAGCUCAAUUACCGUCCUCACAACGUUACGCACAUCGUGCUAGGCACAGUCUUCCUCUGGGUCGGCUGGUUCGGUUUCAAUGCCGGAUCUGCGCUGUCUGCCAACUUACGAGCGGUGAUGGCGGCUGUAGUUACGAAUCUGGCCGCUUGCAUGGGAGGAAUAACGUGGUGUCUAAUUGACUUCCGCCUCGAGCGCAAAUGGUCGACCGUCGGCUUCUGCUCUGGCGUUAUCGCCGGCCUCGUCGCCAUCACGCCUGGAUCCGGCUACGUCCCUGCGUGGGCGGCGGUGGUAUUUGGCGUCUGCGCGGGUGUGGCGUGCAAUUUCGCAACGAAGCUGAAGUACUGGCUCAAUGCCGACGACGCACUCGACAUCUUCGCCGUACACGCCGUCGGUGGCUGUGUCGGGAAUCUACUCACCGGCGUCUUCGCUGCGGACUACAUCGCCCAUCUCGACGGCUAUACGCAGAUACCCGGUGGCUGGCUGAACGGCAACUGGGUGCAGAUUGGAUAUCAAGCAGCCGACAGCGCUACGGGCAUGGCGUACAGCUUUGCCGUCACCUGCAUCAUCUUGAUCCUGCUUUCUUUCGUUGGUCGCUUCAUCCCGGCUCUGCGACUGCGGGUGGACAGGGCGGAGGAGGAACAGGGGAUUGAUGACGUCGAGAUUGGAGAGUUUGCUUAUGAUUUCGUCGAGCUCGUGCGGGAGGUGAGGCCAGUGGGCUUUGCAGAUGAUGGGGAGAGCGAGAUUGGCGUCGGCGGGGAAGACCGCAGCCAUAGUCGUGCGACGAUGGUGAGAGGGAGUAAGGAGGCGAGUGGGGAGAGUUAUCCUUUGCAGGCGAUGGGAAGGACGGGAGCGAUGGGAUAG